AUGAGAGUCAAGGCUCUUAUCGCUGCUGCCAUGACCGCCAUGGUUAUCGCCGACCAACAUCCCGGCGCCGAAAAGAUGUGCGGUCGUCUUGGGCCUAUGACGUGGGAUCCCAAUGACCUUCCUGAUGGUGUUGAUGUUAGCCAGAUCCGCAUGUGUGCCGACCAUCCUAUGGGAGCGGGUAAUUACUGGGGCUGGGGUGAAUAUUUUCCCAGCUGGGUUCCUCGUAACCCCCUGGCUGAUAUUCCAUGGGGACGAAUGUACAGGUCAUAG